CGGCCCACUGCUCAGCCACAGGAAGAAGGAAGCUCCACAGCCCCAUGCCAGGGCAGGCCUGUCUCAGAAUGGGAGGCAGCGCUGGCCUGCCGAGGCACGCGGUACUGCUGUGCUCGGUCUGGCUUGGGGGGCUGCCUGUGUGAGAUGGAAGGCCAUGGCCCACAGCCGCCACUACACACCCCACCCCGGAGGGCAAGGACAUGCCCUCUAGGCCGUGUCCCCGCCCGCGGCCUCGCUGCAGCCAGCCACGCGGCGGCAGCACUUCUCAGCCAGCUCUCUCCUUCCCUUCCAGGGCUCCCGGUAUGAUGCUCAAGGCCUUCUUCCCCACGUGCUGUGCCUCAGCAGACAGUGGGCUGCUGGUGGGUCGGUGGGUUCCGGAACAAAGCAGUGCUGUGGUCCUGGCUGUGGUGCACUUUCCUUUCAUCCCCAUCCAGGUUAAGCGGCUCCUGGCACAGGUGCAGCAGGCCAGCCGGGUCGGUGUGACCGUGCUGGGCACCUGGUGUCACCACCAGCAGGAGCCCGAGGAAGGCCUGGGCCACUUCCUGGAGGGCCUGAGUGCCAUCUUCACCCAUGAGCCCUGGUUGCAGCUCUGUCGGGAGAAGGCCAGCAGGGCCUGGAGCUGCAGGGCCACGCACCAUCAGGUGCCUGCCACCCCGGGCACCCCCAGCGAGGACCAGGUCAUGCUCAUUUUCUAUGACCAGCGAAAGGUGCUGCUGUCCUGGCUGCAUCCGCCUGCGGUGCUGCCUGAUCAGCAGGCCGGAGAUGCCACAGCCAGUGCUGGGGGUCUGGCUGCCGUCUUCGACACAGUGGCGCAGAGUGAGGUGCUCUUCUGCGGUGACCGGUACGAUGAAGGGCCUGUGCGACUGAGCCAUUGGCAGUCAGAGGGUGUGGAAGGCAGCAUCCUUGUGGAGUUGGCAAAGUGGGCCUCGGGGCCCCUCUGUCUGCUGCUGGCCUCUCUGCUCUCGCUGGUCUCUGCUGCCGGUACUUGCUGGCUGUGGAGGCUGUGGCCCCUGCCCUUCAUUGGGAGCAAGCUCUCCACCUGCGAGCAGCUCAGGCACAGACUGGAGCAACUCACGCUCGUUUUCAGCACUGAGAAGGCCCAGAGCCCCUCGGAGCUGAUGAGGAAGGCCAACACGUUGAUCUCUGUGCUCAUGGAUGUGAUCCUCGGCCUCCUGCUGCUCUCUUGGCUCCACGGCAAUAACCGGAUUGGGCAGCUGGCUGAUGCCCUCGUGCCUGUGGCUGAUCGUGUAGCCGAGGAGCUCCAGCACCUCCUGCAGUGGCUGAUGGGAGCUCCGGCCGGGCUCAAGAUGAACCGGGCCCUGGACCAGGUGCUAGGCCGCUUCUUCCUGUACCACAUACACCUGUGGAUCAGCUACAUCCACCUCAUGUCCCCCUUCAUUGAGCGCAUCCUGUGGCACGUGGGCCUCUCGGCCUGCCUGGGGCUGACUGUCGCCCUGUCCAUCCUGUCAGACAUUGUUGCUCUCCUCACCUUCCACAUCUACUGCUUCUACGUCUACGGUGCCAGGCUCUACUGCCUGAAGAUCUACGGCCUGUCCUCUCUCUGGCGGCUGUUCCGGGGGAAGAAGUGGAACGUUCUGCGCCAGCGUGUGGACUCCUGCUCCUAUGACCUGGACCAGCUCUUCAUCGGGACCCUGCUCUUCACCAUCCUCGUCUUCUUGCUGCCCACCACCGCCCUCUACUACCUGGUGUUCACGCUGCUCCGGCUCCUCGUGGUCACGGUGCAGGGCCUGAUUCAUCUGCUCGUGGACCUCAUCAACUCGCUGCCUCUCUACUCCCUUGGCCUUCGGCUCUGCCGGCCCUACCGGCUGGCAGCUGGAGUGAAGUUCCGAGUCCUGGAGCACAAGGCAGGCAGACCUCUCUGCCUCCUGAUGCAGAUAAACCCCCUGCCCUACAGCCGCGUGGCGCACACCUACCGCCUCCCCAGCUGUGGCUGCCCUCCCAAGCACUCCUGGGGCUCUCUGUGCCGCAAGCUGUUCUUUGGAGAGCUUAUCUACCCCUGGAGGCAGAGAGGGGAAAAGCAGGACUGAGCGGGCCCGUCUCCGCUCACGGCCGUCAUCCCUCUGCUGGUGGCAGUCGUCACAGCCGCCAUCCUUCUUUGCCAGAUGGCACUGGUCUUGGGAACAGUGCGGACCCACACAGGGGCCUACCAGAACGGCCCUGUUCUCUGUGUGAGUGGGCCUUCUUCCCAAAUCCCUGACCUGGCUCCUGGGCUUCUCCGAAGGCCCUGCCAGCCUGUGCUGACCCUCCUGUACUGCCUACCUGGAGACCUGGCUUGUAGAAGGUCUGCCGUGGCACACACUCUCAGCCCGGUGUCCAGCAGCCCACAGCCCCUGCGUGGCUGUCCCCUGGGCCUGCGGUCACCGGCCAGGCGGGCCCUGGA